AGUUUAAAUUCAACUUUAUUUUUGCUUGAAAAAAUAUGUCCAUGUCCGUGUGUUCUAUCAAAUAAAAAUCCCAAACUUCUGUACUUUUUCUCGAAGAAGAAAGAUCUAAACACCAAGCCAGCAUGAUUCCACAUAAAAGAAAACAUCUAAAAGCUCAAAAAGCAAGCACAAGCUCACUUUCUCCCUAAUUCGUAUCACUAAAAAAACGUUUUUUUUUUUUUUUAAAAAAUUAAAAAUCUCAGCUUUUCCUUCUCUUUUUUUCCCUUUUGUUUAUAUGGGAAAAUCACUUCCUUGCACGACCAGACUCCAUGAAUUUUCCAGAAUAGUCUCAUUCGACAAGCCUCCGCGUGCAGAACGCGCGAAACCCAUAUCGAGAAACGGAGUUUCUGUCAAGGAAGCGGGGAGGACGAGCGGGGUCAGAGUCGACCCCGGGCGAGCGAAGCAGAAAGGAAUGGAGGGUAAGGUGCCUUUGUCUGCUGUGGUCUCUGAUUGUGUAAAGAGGUGGUUUGAAGAGACACUCAAGGAGGCCAGAGCUGGUGAUAUCGCCAUGCAGGUCUUGGUUGGUCAGAUGUAUAACACUGGCUACGGUGUAACCAGAGAUACCCAAAAGGGUCGUGCUUGGAUAGAUAGAGCUUCAAAAGGCCGUUCUUCAGUUUGGAAAGCAGGCGAUAAACAUCCAGGUUAUAAUGCCAGUGAAUCAGAUCCCGAUGGCUCUAAGGAAGAUGGAAAAUAAACUCAAAAUGUAAUUCUUGUUAGGCUUACCAUUAAAAUUGAAUUCUCUUCCUGCACCAUGGUGAUAUUUCGACACUUUCUGCUGUCUGAUUUUUUUAAAAAUUUCUUUGCAGCCUUCCAAGUUCUUGUUUACUUUAUUUAUUCAUUCCAGACAAGCAAUACUGUAUAAGACUGGGUUGGCUUGUUUUGGUUUUCCUUGUUGCAUUGUUAUGUUUCUUUAUCGGGAGUCUUUAAUUUUCAUGAAGUUAUUUCAUCUACUCUUGUUUUUGCUUUUGGGGAUUGAGGGUGAGAUGAUGUUAUAGAUUGACUCUGUAAAUGAAGGAGAAUUUGUUUAUAUGGUUAAUUCUGAUAUUCAAUGUAA